AUGGAAGCCUUCAAGUCUCCAAACAACCUGGCCCCCAAGGAGAAACCUGACGGGGGGCCAGUCUCCGUCACUAUCCCAGCCUCGCCCUUCAUGCAGAAGCUUGGCUACGGCACUGGGGUCAACGUCUACUUGAUGAAAAGAUCUCCCAGAGGUUUGUCUCGCUCCCCAUGGGCUGUGAAGAAAAUUAAUUCCAAAUGCAACAGGAGCCAGCAAAGCAUCUACCAGCAGAGACUGAACGAAGAAGCCAAGAUCUUGAAAAACCUCCAGCACCCGAACAUUGUGGGUUACCGCGCAUUUACCGAGGCCAACGAUGGAAGCAUGUGUCUGGCCAUGGAGUACGGAGGAGAAAAAUCUCUCAACGACUUAAUCGAAGAAAGAAGUGCAAAGCGUUUGGGCCCUUUCCCUGCUGCCACGAUUUUCAAGGUUGCCUUGAGCAUGGCGAGGGGGCUGAAGUAUCUUCAUAAUGAUAAGAAGCUGCUCCAUGGAGAUAUCAAGUCUUCCAAUGUAGUCGUUAAAGGUGACUUUGAAGCCAUCAAGAUCUGUGAUGUGGGAGUGUCCCUGCCCCUCGAUGAGAACAUGACCGUGAGCGACCCGGAGAUGUACUACAUCGGCACCGAGCCCUGGAAGCCCAAGGAAGCUCUGCAGGAUGACAGUGUGAUCACCGACAAGGCUGACAUCUUCCCUUUUGGGCUGACUCUCUGGGAAAUGAUGACCCUCUCCGUGCCCCACCUCAACCUGGACGGUGACCCCGAUGACGAAGACGAGUCUUUUGAUGAAGACAGCUUCGAUGAGGAAACCUAUUAUGCAGCCCUGGGAACCCGCCCAGCCCUCAACAUGGAGGAACUGGACCCUUCCUACCAGUGCAUGAUCGACCUCUUCUCUGUCUGCACCAGCGAGGACCCCAAGAAGCGUCCCUCAGCCGCGUGCAUUGUGGAAGCCUUGGAGGCAAGUCUGGCCCAGGAGUAA